AUGGGACAGAAGCAGGCAGGUGCUUCGACUCUGGAAGCGCAGCAAGCCGUCGCGGAUGCUGAGGCAGAUGAUCCCGUGACGGAAAAGACACGGGUAGACGCGCGCUCCAAGGCAAAUGGUCUCGUGCUUGGGAAGAAGCAGGAAAACGCAGAUGGCAAUACAGGUCGUUACACGAUGGAGAAGAAGCAGGAUGACGACUGGCUUGCGAGUUCUGAGGUGUACCCAAACUGCUCGCUGCGGACCAAAGGCAGCUUCGUCGGCGAACUCAUGCGUGUCAAUGACUUCUGCGUCUGGCGUGACUGGCGUGCAAGCAGUGCAAACUGGGUCCAGGUGACCGUCAAGCAGUCGAUGAACUUCCAUUGCAGCCUGACCUUGCAGGGCGAGUUGCAGAUCAUCGGUGCAGUGCCACUUGAUGGUCCCCUGCGUGACAGUUCUGUGGAACCUCUCCAUCUUCG